AUGUUUAGAACCGGUCAGAAGAUUUGUUCUGAUAACAGAAGCAUUGGUGAUAACAAGAAUGAUUGUGGGUGCAAAACGGGGUAUCAGGGUUCAAAUUGCUCCUUGCCUUGUCGAUUCCCUAGUUAUGGUGAUUUCUGCCAGAGUGGAUGUGAAUGUGAAGAAAGAUUUUGUAAUCAUAUACUGGGAUGCACAAAAGAAUGUGAAUUUGGCUAUAAUGGAACGAAUUGUUCCUUAGUCUGUGUUUAUCCUUUUUAUGGUGAUCAGUGCAUGCAGAGCUGUAACUGCGACAAGGAAUUGUGUAAUAACGCUCUAGGAUGCAUAGACGGAAUGCCUCUUCAAAGCACGAAGAUAAUUAUCGGAGUCCUCUCAGUGUGUGCGAUGUUUAUUAUCAUCGGUUUCGUCGUCGUUAUACGUAUUAUUAUCAAGAGGUUCUCGGAGAGAAGAAGAAAUAGUCCUCAGAUUGGAUCAGCAACUCCGGAUUAUUCCUGGGAUCUUUACAGACCUUACACGUAUUAUGACAAACAAUGUUGUACACAAGAUUUACAACCGACAGAUAAUGGAAUUUACAUGUUAGCUUAUGCAAAUAAAUAUGAAACUAUCGAUAUGCGAAGCCAUUCAACAAUGGAAUAUUCAAGUUAACAUGCAUAUUGAAGA